AUGGCAAAGUAUUAUUGUGAAUAUUGCAAUUCCUACUUGACCCAUGACUCUUUGAGUGUCAGAAAAUCUCAUUUGAUUGGCCGAAACCAUCUCAGAAAGUAUUGCGAUUACUACGAAGAAAAGGCUAAAGAGCUUGGGAUUUGGGACUCCAACGAUUUACCAUAUGAAAUAACUGAAUCCGAUCUCUAUGCGAAUAUUCCAGGUAGACCACUGUCAUUAGAAACUCCUUUGGAAACAUUUCCGCCGCCGCCAAGUCUGCCAAACCUACCAAACCCUCCACCAGCCAUAUACCACUACAACACCACAGAAGAGAAAGAGCUCAUAUCAUCCGUCAUGAGAGAGUACCAGCACAGAAAUACAGUCAAGUAA